AUGGUACGGACGCGGACUUGGAUCUUAUCAAAUCGCCCCAAGGAUACGCCGACGUAUUCCGGUCCAGCUCCUACAUUCACGCUGAUAGAGAGAGAUCUCCAACCUCUUCAGCCAGGGGAAAUUCUCGUCAAGGUGCUUUUUCUCUCCAAUGAUCCUGCUCAGCGGACCUGGAUCAAGUCCAGUGAUGACCUUCCCAGCGAUCGUCAUUACGUAAAGCCGGUCGACCUCAACAUGCCCAUGCAGUCGCGUGGUUUGUGCGAAGUCAUUGAGUCAAGGAGUGAUGUUCUGCCCAAGGGUACAACUGUACUGGCCCGCGUGAACUGGAAUGAGUAUGCUGUCCUGGAUGCCAAAGAUGCCACUCCUUUAUCGCCUCUGCCUAACGGCCUGAGCUUCUCACACUAUCUUGGCGUCUUUGGAACGACUGGGCUCACUGCCUAUUAUGGCAUCGUGGUGGUUGGCGAGGCGAAAUCAAGCCACCGUCUCGUUGUUAGUGGCGCUGCGGGCGCGACAGGUAGUAUGGUAGUGCAGAUAGCGAAAAAGAUCAUAGGUGUCCGCGAGGUCAUCGGUAUUGCCGGAUCUGAUGACAAGUGCAAGUUUGUGGUCGAAACGUUAGGCGCCGAUAAGUGCCUGAAUUACAGAAGUCCGUCUUUCUUUGAUGAUCUUACAAAAGCCACCGAGGGCUGUGUCGAUAUCUACUUUGACAAUGUGGGGGGUACAAUAUUGGAUGCCAUGCUGGGCCGACUCAAGCAAAAUGGAGUUGUUGUUGCAUGCGGAUCAAUUUCAGGAUACAAUUCCAAUCAGGGCACAUUAUUGACGAACUACUUCCAGGUUAUCAGUAUGAGAUUGCAGAUCAGGGGAUUUAUCGCUGCAGACUAUGUGCACAAAGCCCAAGAGGUGACGGAGAUAUUCAUUCGUGCCCUGGAACAAGGGAAGCUGACAAUCAACGACGAGCUUGAACACGUGGUUCCAACCACUUUUGAGGACGUACCGAAGACCUGGUUGAAGUUGUUCGAUGGAUCCAACAUCGGUAAACUGGUGACAAAGAUAAUACCUUGA